CUUCUGCCAUGGCAAUUUCCUCUCUGCGGGAUGUCUGAGUUUCCAUCAUAAUGGAGAAUGUGGGAGGCUACAUAUCCAAACAGAAUGGUGAGCCAAAAUCUCAGCACAAGGGACAGAAAGUCAGCACAUAUUCCCACCGAGGACCCUUUUAGAUACUCAAACAGCCAAGCAACGGCCUAUGAAAGCAAGAGCUGUCAACUGUCUAAUUUGUGUCUGAGCAACCUCCUGAAAGAGAAGGAGAUAGUGGAAGUCAUCAAGCAUACUAGAGGAGCCUACGAAGCCCUCACUUCGGAGGCCACCCAGAAUGGUUUGGCCACCACGGCACCUAAAACAGCAAAGCCUGCAUCUCAGACAGACCGCUACCCACCGUUCUCAGGAGCUCCAAAAGACCAUACUGCUGUACCUCAGCAGCACACCACUUUCACAGGCAGACUUGGACAGCCUCCAAGGGGACCCAUCUCUUUACAUAUGUACAGCAGGAAAAAUGUUUUCCUUCACCACAAUUUACACACAACAGAGCUGCAGACUUUAGGUCAACAAGAUGGGUAGCAAGGUUCUUGUCUUCUUGCCAUAGAGUGCGAGUUCACUGCAAGGAAACAUAAGCUCACACAGAGCUGAAUAAUAAGUUUUUACCUACUGCUACCUUUACUUGAAAAAAAUAAAUUAAAAAUUAAUGUUCUCAAGGUUUCAUACUUUCCCAUCUGGAACUGUAGGAAAAGGGUAAACUAGAUUGCUACAUAACUAGGUUGAUUUGUCACACAAAAGUCACUAUGGUAGAAUAAAAGGGACUGUUGGGCUGGCAUUGCUGGUCCAAAGUUGGCUGGUUUUUUUUUUCUUUUGUUUCUAUAAAGCCGCUAACAUCCCCUGAAGUUCUAGAAAGUGGUCUUAAAUAAUAGUGUAUGCUUAAUAAUGUUACUGUUAAAGUAGAUGUGAGGAAUGA